AUGAGGACUUUAUAUUCUUCAGUCCAUUCAGCUUCUGCAUUGGUAUCAGACCACUUUUACUUUGCUGCUUGUGCUAACUGGCUGUACAAUAUGGCGAGACCAUUGGCGAAAAUCUGUGACAUCAACGAUAGAAAAGAACUUUGGAUAGUUUUUUUUCGAGUGCACCACAAAUGGAAAGUUGUUUUGAACAAGAGGGAGCAUUUUGAGAUGAUUUUUGUUGACGUAUCGGGUGGUGACAUACAUGUUGUUGUUCCUGCACCACAUGUAUCUCUAAUUUAUGAAAAAAUGGCAUUGGAUCAUAGUUACAAUGUUUCCAAAUUUAAGGUUCAGCCUAAUGUUGCGGCUUUAAGACCUUCGUCGCAUAAGUUUAUGUUGAAGUUUACCGCCGGCACAACGGUUACGGAUGAUAACAAGGCCGAAAUACCGCCAAAACCGCUGGUGUUUACUAAAUUUACUGAUAUAAUAAACGGUAACUUUAACAAGGAUGUGCUAAUAGACGUCAUUGGUAUGGUGGAAAGUAUUGGGUAUUCUCAUACCACAUCAGGUGCCCGGAAGCAGCAGAUUAACAUGAUGUUGCGGGACGGCGGUGAGAAUACUAUCAAUUGCACACUUUGGGAAUCCUAUGCUGAACAAUUCCUCAAGUUCAAACAGGAGCGUGGAGAUGAUUCUGGGCCUAUGUUUGUCAUGCUCCAAUAUGCCAUAGUCAAGGAACAGGGAAAGUUUCCACUGUCCGUGUCAAAGAUGUUUAAUGUCACUGUGCUUGGUCUGAAUACCGAUUUGCUGCCGAUGAAAGAAUUUAUAGAAAGCAUUCCGAAGGAGUCCAUAUUUACCUUGUUUGGGCAGGAGGGUUCCAAUUCGCAGCUUUCAACACAGAACUCUGAAAAUCAACAGUUGACUCCUGUUCAGAAAUUGCUUUCAAAGGCCGUUAUAAAACUUAGAACUAUUACAUUUUGUGCGACUGUUGGAGAAACUAAAAUGCUGGUGGCCUCUCCGUAUGGAUGGUAUAAGAUUGAGAUUGAAGUUACUCAAGCAGGGAAUAGCUGUAACUUUCUAUUUUGGGACAGAGAGUGUGAGCUUCUUUUGGGAUUGUCUGCUUCUCAACUGCGUAAUACAAUGAUUAAGGCUGGCAUUCAUGAUCCAUUGGAAUUCCCACUGGCAUUAGAUCAUAUGUUGGAUCGCAAGAUGGCUUUAAAAAUCAAGUGGCAACCACGGUGGAAGAAUGCCUCGGUAGUUAUGCUAUUGAAGAAUGACUCUUUUGUGAAAGAGCUUGCUGAUCAGCUUGACACAGAUGAAAUGAAACAACCCGGUGUUGAAGCAACGGGCACUGUUCUUACCGAACCUCAUUUUGUCUUCGAUCUUGAUGUGACUUCGACGCACAGCACAGAUCCAAUUACUUCUACUAGCAAAAGACAAUUUACAGGCGCAUCAAGCGAGUCGACAACCUCGGAUGCCACUUGUGAUGGAGAACUUUCAUCAAACAAGCUCAAGAAAAUUAUAAAACUAGAGAAGAUAGAUUAG